AUGGCUGGGCGGAUGUUGAGCGGACGACGAGCGGACAAGACGAACAUCAUUCUUGCUUUCUUUGGGGACGGGGACUCAUACUCGUCACCUGCAGUAGCUACGCGGAACAACCGUGCGCCCAAUCAAGCUGUCGCUGCGAUAGACGCAGUCACACCGGCGUCAAUGACUCCUCUGCUCUCCAGCAUCGAUCGCAUCAGCGCUGCUCUGGAAGCUGCAGUGGCACAUCCUCCACCGCCGACCGGUACAGUGCGUGUGUGCCACGCAACGGAAGACGAGUGGAACGCGUUUGCAGACAGCGAGGAUCCAAUCGUUCGACUCAAUUAUCUUGAAUGGUUUCCUGACACGGAAGAGAUUCACAUCAUCGAGUUUGCCGACGCUCCACACGAAGAUUACGUUGGAGAGCUAAACGAUCAAUUUCGUGAACGGCAUGUCAAGCGAUGGCUCAAAGGCCACUUGGCCGCCAAGAAUUGUCAAGGGCGACAAUGGUGCUCAGAUCUCAGUUAUGGACCACGCGAAGUAACACCCGGCUCGGUGCUUCCUCCAAACGUUCCAAUAUUUGCAGACUUUCGGACGAUUAAGGUUGAGAUUGGAGUUUCUCAGCAGUGGGGCAUGGCACCUGGAGAGCUCGACCACAAGGCGAUUGCGAUAUGGGCUGCGAUGCCAAGAGUCGAAUAUGUGCUAUGUGUGUCAUUCGAUCCCGACUUUGCGAAUGCCGAAUACAAGCUGUAUGAUGCUCGCGUCCAUCCACUUGUGCAGCUGGCUCCACUAUCAAUCGCCGCUCCAAGCACGGUGAUCCAGUUGGACGGACGUCGAAUCCUUGGUAUUCCGCCACGGAUGGCGCUCCCGGAUCAUCACAUCCGGAAGUUUAUCAAAGGUCGUCCGUUCUGCAACCACCAGCUGAACUUUAUCAAAAAGAACGGAGAACAGUGUUUGCUAGCUCGCAACAAGGAUCGCUGCGGCAAGCAUCCAAUUAUUAUGGAUCGAAAAAGUAUUGUCGCGGAGUGUAAUAUCGUAGAAGAAAUGUCACCACAAGCCAAUACCCAGUCGUCGCUGAGGCUGUUAGCGCCAUCGGUGAUCGAACCCGUCGAGGCCUCGAAUGUAAAAUUUGAACGCAAAAUGAAAAAGCGUAAGGAGAAACCGGACGUCAAGCCAAAAGCCACGACUAGAACUGAUGCAGAGGCUAAGGGCAUCACUUGGGACACUUAUGGACUUGAAUACGGGAAUAAAGACAUUCUGAAGUUUUCUGAAAUGGAUACAAGGAAUGGAAAGCGGAAGAAUAUUCAGGUUCGAACAUACAUUGACUCAGAGUUUGAGCUCAAUAAUGACUAUGCUCCGCUACUUGAUCAAUAUCUCAAGCUCCAAUUUGACGACGAGACUAUUGAAUUUAUCGAUUUCAUGAUUGGUCGCCUAAUGUUGACUGAAUGA